CAUUACCUCUAUCUGCCUAGUCAAUUGAUUACCCCACUACAAAGAAGGCAAUAACGGCCCUAACCCUUCCUACAUCUUACGUUCUUCGCCGAUGGGAAAUCACGUUGCUUGUUGUAGAAAAAUAAAGAUUCCUUCUAGUUUGAUUUCACGUCUAUCGUGAAACGGCAUAACGGAUUCACAUUUCCCGCUAGUAAUUGCAUUCUUCCAACUAAUUCUGCUAGUUUGACACUUUUAGUCCUUGAGGUCCCGCAGGCAUAAAAAAUCACCCCUCGCUGUUUUGCAGCAGCGACCCCACCAUCUUUAAUCAACUCCAGUCAUAUUGAGGCGCACACAUCUUCACAUCCUCACGUACGACUCUAUUGACCAAAAAGAGGCUUGAGCAGUGCCUGAACAUAUCGGAUACAUUGUCUGUUCAAUAUUUAUAAUCCGUUAAUUUAUCUCUCCUCAAUUCAUCCGACCGCAAAUAUGCCGCCUAAGAAGAAGGGAAAUAAGAAGGGGGAUGACGACUGGGAGGCAGAAUUAGGCGAGUCGAUAGCACCUGCAAAUGGAGACGGCACUGCUUCUGCCGCCGCCGCCCCCGAAGAGAACAAUGAAGAAGACGCACCGGCAGGUGGCCUCAUGGCAAUGAUGAAGAAGAACAGAGAAAAAAGAAAGAAGAAGGGCCUGUCGGAGGAUUUUGUUGAUGGCGGCAAUGCCUCCACUACCGAGCCCGUACCUGAUGUGGCUGCUAAGGCCCCCGACGAAGCGACAAUGGAUGAUGAGUUUGCAUUGCCAGAAAAGAAGGGUAAGGGUGGAAAGCAGAACAAACAGCAGCCGGCAAAAUCCGCAGCGGCGGGUGCUGAUGAUGACGAGGUGGGAGAGGGUGGAAGAAUGUUAACUAAGGCCGAAAAGGAGAAGUUGAAGAAGGAGCGAGAAAAGCAAAGGAAAAGGGAACAGGCCGCGAAGAAGAAGACCACACCCGCUCCAGCCCCUAAAGCUGCCGAGCCUGCGAAGCCCGCGGUAGAAGAGAAGAAGGACACCCUCGAGGCUGAACAAGCAGCCGAAGCUGGAGGAAAGAAGGGCAAGAAGCUCCCUGCGCAUUUAUUGGCUCUCCAGAAACAACAGGAGGACCUACGACGGCAGCGAGAGGAGGCCGAGCGCCUUGCCAUCGAAGAGAAAGCUAGAUUAGAGGCACUCGAGCAGGAAGAAGCCGAAGCAAAUAAGCGAAGAGAAGAGGAGAAAGCUCGCAAAAAGCAGAAAGAAAAGGAGAAGAUCGAACAGCUAAAAAAGGAAGGCAAGUUCCUUACCAAGGCACAAAGAGAAGAGAAGGCCCGGAACGAGAGAAAACUUCAGCAGAUGAUUGCUGCUGGUAUUAAGGUCGGCCCUUCUGAAGAUGGCGAUGAAAAAAAGAAGAAGAUUGUCUAUGAUAAUAAGAAGCGUGGCAAGAAGAGCGACCAAAAGGUUGACGAGGAUAAAGUCUUAGCCGAAGCUGCAGAGCGCGCGAGGCAACAAGCCGAAGCUGCAGCAAAAGCAGCUGAAGAAAAGGCAGCUCGACAUGCUGCUAAAGCGGUAGUCAAAGCUGCUAAAGAAAAGGCAGCCCAAGAAGAGGAUGUCGACGAAGACUGGGAGACUGCUGCCGCUGCUGUUGAUGAGGACGUAAAGGAUAGCUGGGAUGCUGAAUCGGAUGGGGAAAACAAUGCAUCAGCACAUGCUGGGCAAAGAAAGCCGAUACCUUCCCGACCUAAACCUGUAUCAGAAGAUUCUGAUUCUUCGGAUGAAUCAUCCGAGGACGAAGUCCAGACAGCAGCACAGGCCGCAGAAGCUCAACGAAAGAAGGAAGCUGCUGAACGACGAGAGAAGGCCCAUCAAGCCGCCUUAGCUGCUAGAUCAAAGGAUAACCUCCGUUCUCCUAUUUGCUGUAUUCUGGGACACGUCGAUACAGGAAAGACGAAGUUGUUGGACAAGAUCAGACAGACCAAUGUCCAAGAAGGCGAAGCUGGUGGUAUUACUCAACAGAUUGGUGCGACAUAUUUCCCCGUCGACGCCAUCAAGCAGAAGACGGCCGUGGUCAAUCCGGACGGGAAAUUUGAAUUCAAGGUCCCCGGUCUAUUGAUUAUUGAUACCCCUGGCCACGAGUCUUUCUCUAAUCUCCGAUCCAGAGGAUCUUCGCUUUGUAACAUUGCCAUAUUGGUUGUUGACAUCAUGCAUGGCCUUGAGCCUCAGACACUCGAAUCCAUGAAACUACUCAGGGAUCGAAAGACGCCUUUCAUCGUUGCGCUCAACAAAAUCGAUCGUCUCUACGGCUGGAAGAAGGUUGACAACAAUGGCUUCCAAGAAAGUUUGGCGCUUCAGAACAAGGGUGUCCAAAACGAAUUCAAGAAUAGGUUGGAGCAAACAAAACUUGCAUUUGCUGAGCAGGGUUUCAACGCCGAACUCUACUACGAGAACAAGUCGAUGGCCCGAUUCGUAUCUCUGGUACCAACCUCGGCACACACUGGCGAGGGUAUUCCCGACAUGCUGAAGCUGAUCAUCCAGUUAACCCAAGAGAGGAUGGUGGGCUCCCUAAUGUAUCUAUCCGAAGUCCAGGCUACCGUUCUCGAAGUCAAGGCCAUUGAAGGAUUUGGUAUGACUAUUGAUGUUAUCCUGUCCAACGGUAUCCUUCGAGAAGGUGAUCGGAUAGUAGUGUGUGGUGUAGAGGGUGCCAUCACUACCAACAUUCGUGCACUGUUGACACCCGCUGUUAUGAAGGAACUGCGUGUAAAGUCUCAAUACGUGCACAACAAGGAAGUGAAGGCCGCUAUGGGUGUGAAGAUCAGUGCACCAGGCCUUGAGGGUGCCAUUGCAGGUUCGCGACUGCUCGUAGUUGGACCUGACGACGAUGAGGAAGAUCUUGAAGAGGAAGUCGAGUCGGAUCUUAACAAGCUGUUCAGCCGUGUUGCUACGACAGGUCGCGGUGUGAGCGUGCAAGCCUCAACACUAGGUUCACUCGAAGCUUUACUCGACUUCUUAAAAGAUUGCAAGAUUCCAGUAGCAAACGUUGGAAUCGGUCCUGUGUUCAAGCGAGACGUUGUCCAAUGCGCGACUAUGCUCGAGAAGAGUCCGGAUUACGCUGUUAUGCUUUGUUUUGAUGUGAAAAUUGACAAGGAAGCACAGGCAUAUGCAGAAGAAAAUGGCAUUAAGGUUUUUACCGCUGAUAUUAUCUACCAUCUCUUCGAUGCUUUCACAAAACACAUGGAUGAGCAGCUUGAAAAGAAGAAGGAGGAGUCUAAGAUGCUGGCAGUCUUCCCCUGCGUCCUCAACACCGUCGCUGUCUUCAAUAAGACAAGCCCUAUUGUUGUAGGCGUUGACGUGGUAGAUGGUAGCCUCAAGGUCAACACUCCAAUUGCUACCGUGAAGCAAAAUCCGAUAACUGGUGCCAGGGAGAUAAUCAGUCUAGGCAGAGUGACUUCAAUCGAGAGGGAUCACAAACAGAUUCCAGUCUGUAAGAAGGGUCAACCUUCAGUAGCUGUCAAGAUUGAGAUGGGUGGUCACCAGCCCACAUACGGCCGACAGCUCGAAGAGAAGGAUGUCCUCUACAGUUUGAUUUCUCGAGCCAGUAUCGACACUCUCAAGGAGUUCUACCGUAAGGAAGUAUCAAAUGAGGAAUGGCAACUCAUAAUCAAGCUCAAGCCUCUAUUUGACAUCAACUAGAGUGUACCUACUAGCAUCAAU